AUGGAAGAAUUGCCCCCGUUGAAGGCGCAGACAUUUCGCCAUCUCGUUAGCGAUCCUCCAUCUAGAAGUGCCAAGUCAACAGCGCAGUUUUCGCUUUGCACCUACAAUGUUCUCCAUCAAGAGCUCAUCAGUCCGGGUCGCUAUCCCACCGAUAAAAACACCGAGCUGGUUUUUGAUCCUUCUCGUCGACGUCGGAUGCUCCAACAGGAUCUCCAGCAGCUAGAACCUCACACGGAUAUAUUUUGCUUCGAAGAAAUGAGCCCUACCACCUACGAGGAUUUUGCCAAAUCUUUGGGGAGGAGUGCUUUUGGUGGUCAUUUGCUGAAACGACAAGCCAAUCGACCUCUCUACAAUGCCAUGUUUUAUCGCAAAUCCAAGUUUCAAUUGGAACAGCACCACGAGAUCAAUCUCCACGAAGGACUUUCAUCCCUCCAUCUACAAGACGACAAUCUGAAAGAACAUCAAGCUAUGGACUUUUUUGCCAUUUGCAACCACUUUAUUUUUAUUGAAAACGACAACAAUGCGGGUGAUAUUCCAAAACAGAACAAGAAGAAACAUUUGCUAGUCAUGAUGGCCCAUCUGCACCAUAAUCCUGUGGAUGAUGUCAUCAAGUACGCUGAAAUGAGCCAGUUGCUAAACAGCGUGGCCCGCAUCCGUCAAACAAUACGAACAAACAGCAAUGGCGAGGACGAUGUCUUUACCAUUGUGGCCGGAGACUUCAAUGCACAACCCACCAACCAAGUUUACCGCUUGGCGGUGAUGGGGGGAACACCUACCCUUUCGAGUCUCCAGGAGGAAACCAUGGUCCUCCCCACCUGGUUGGAGCAACGUCAAGCAUGGCUUCCCUUGUACCAGCAAAUCUACCAACAGACAACCAUGGUUGGAACAUUGGAUAGCGUAUACAGUGCGUACAACGAAAAGGGUGGCGAAUGUGGACAUCCUCGUUACACCAAUUUGACGGACGGUUUCAAAAACAAUAUUGACUACAUCUUGUACGACAAGAGCAAGCUGUGCCCUAUCCGCUUGCUGGAACUGGAUGUCGCAACCUAUGAAAAGGAAGACUAUUUGCCGAGUCAGUUCCAUGCGUCGGAUCAUGUCCCACUUUGGGCGGAGUUUGAAUGUAGGUGA